AUGACAUCUGAUCAGCAAUUAUUGUUGUCUUUGAGUUGCAGAAAUUUACCGGAACAAGCGUAUGAUGGAAUUCGCAUAAUUAUAGAAUAUUGCUCAGAUAUUAAUGAAAACUUUUGCGAGAUUGGUCAGACCGAGACUAUUAUUGGCAGUUUAAAUCCAUCAUUUGUUUACAAUUGUCCUAUUACAUAUUCAGUUAAUGGAACAUGUGGAAGAUUUAUUUAUAAAAUUGCUGAAUUAAAGUGUUCAUUGGCCGAAUUACUAUUGCAUGGCGGCUCUUUACAGUUGCCACUUUUUCCAUCUCAGGGAUCUUUAUUAUCAAUCAGAAUUAACAAGACGAAAGAAUCAGCAGAAGCAUUACGAUUACAUUUUAAAGCCGUCCAUCUACAUUCACCCUGUGAUUCUUAUCCAUUGAACGCAUAUUUUAUUAUUUCAUUGGCAGCAAAUGGUGGGCUAAAAUAUUUGCUUUACAAAAGCGAACCUACUGCCGAUAAAAAUCCAAUUUGGAAACCCUUCAUAAUACCUCUAUCUAAUUUCUUUUGUUCAUCACUGCCUGAUCGCCUUAUCCAAAUCGAUGUAUAUAACAACAAUAUCAAUUCAGAGUAA